UCAGUCGCUCGCUCGGUUUAAGGAGAAGCUCGAUCGCUCUGCUACGCGCUCGGUUUGCGCGCUAGCUCCCUAAAUUCACAAUAACCAUUAAUUCGGAUCGAUUUACCAAUGGACUGAUCAAGUAACUGAGCUGCAUUAGACCACCGAGCUCUUUAAUAAGAGCCAUGGCGCAGCAGCGCAGCGUGUCUGAGCUCUCCUGCUGCACAGAAUCUCCUGGGGUUGGUUUAACAGCCGAGCACGACUCCGCAUUGGAGGAUGGAGACGACGUCUGCAGUGAUCAUGGCGAUCGCAGCCCGGCUCGCUCCCCGAGUCCACGUGGAGAGGAGGACACCACCAUCUUUGUGGCUUUUAAAGGAAAUUUGGACGAUGCUGACUUUCAGGAGAAGCUGGAUGCCAUUCUGAACGAGAUGCCCCCGAUGCUUUCCCUGGGCUCUGAGAGGCUGGCACCUCAGCGAGUGGAGCCGUGGAACAGUGUGAGAGUCACCUUUAACAUCCCCAGAGAAGCUGCAGAACGCCUCCGUCUCCUGGCUCAAAACAACCAGCAGCAGCUCCGGGACCUGGGGAUUCUCUCCGUGCAGAUAGAAGGUGAAGGACCCAUUAAUGUUGCAGUUGGACAGAACAGAGGUCAGGAAGUUCGAGUGAAUGGACCGAUGGUGCCGCCCGGCCAGAUGAGGAUGGAUGUUGGCUUUCCCAUGCAGCAGGGCCCUGGUGGAAUGCGAAUGAACAACCCUGCUAUGGUACCCCCAGGACCUGGCAUGGCUGCCCAGGGUAUGGUGCCAGGCAGUAGCGGACAAAUGCACCCGAGAGUGCCCAGGCCACCCACACAGACAGACUCAAUGGAUCCCAUGCUUUCAGGCCUGGCUUUGCAACAGCAGCAGCAGCUCCAGCAUCCACAGGCACCCCAUGGUCCACCCAACUCCAUGGGCCCGCAAGGUCAUCACAUGCAGGGCAUGCAACCAAAUCGACAGCUCAAUCCAGCAGCCCUGCAGCAACUUCAGCAGCAACAUCAGCAGCAAGCUCAGCUGGCACAAAUGGGUGGUGCCCGAGUCCCCUUUAACCCUUCUAACCAGAUGCCCGGCCCUGCUGGCUGGAACCAGCUUCCUGCUGGCGUUCCACCACCUGCUCAGGGCGCAAUGGGUCCAAACUGGAGAAAAGGUCUCCCUCCACAGGCACAAAUGGGUCAGCGUCCUCCAUCGUUGGCAUCUGUGCAGACGCCAAACCAUCCGCCACCUCCGUACCCUUUUGGAAGCCAGCAGGCUGGGCAGGUUUUCAAUACCAUGGGUCAGCCGCAGCAACAGCAGCAGCCAGCGGGGGCAAACCAGUUUGCAGCCCCCCAGCCCAAAGGUCUACAGGGUGUGGCAGGAGUGGUUGGACCAAGGGCACCUCCUCCCCUGCCUCCGGUGUCUGCUGCUCAGGGCAGCCUGGCUGCUAAAUCCCCUGGAUCAUCAUCUUCACCAUUUCAGCAGGGUUCACCUGGAACUCCACCGAUGAUCGGACCGGGCCAAGGUCAGCUAGGUCCACGUCCCACGACGCCGCAGGGUUUCCCACAGGGAGUUGGAUCUCCGGGAAGGGCUGUGCUGGGCCAGCAGGGUAAUGUCCAACAAGGGUUUAUCGGCAUGCCGCAGCAUGGACAGGUUCCUCAAGGCGGGAUGGGAGGUAUGCCCAAACGAAUGCCAAUGGGGUUCCCAAAUGUUCCUGUGGGUCAGAACUUUGUGCAGGGACAGGUUACAGCUACUGGAGCAGGAACCCCCACAGGCGGUGCACCUCAGCUUCAGAAUAGCCAAGGCAUGGGACACCCAGGAGCUCAACCUUCAGUCUCGGCACCGAACCACAUGCAGCCCACUUCCAUACAAGCUGCUGGGAUUGGUCAUCAUGGUGGAAUGGCUCCUCAACCUCCAGCCACUUCAGGUGGCAGUAUGGGGCAGCCUCAGGCUUCGGGCCUACAGACCCAAAUGAUGGGCAUUCAGUCCCAGCUUACGACUCAGCCUGGGGUCUCCUCUCAAGGGCAAAUGGUGCAAGUCCAGGCAGGGGGUCAGACUGUCCUGUCCCGACCUAUGAAUCAAGGACAGCGAGGGAUAACACCUCCUAAACAGAUGAUGCCUCCACAGGGGCAAGGGAUGAUGCAGGGACAAGGACAGCUUAGUGGGGGACCAGGUCACCAAGCAUUACUGCUGCAACAACAGCAGCAGCAGCAGCAGCAACAACAGCAGCAACAGCAACAACCAGGUCAACAACCGCAACAACAGCAGCUUCAACAACAACAGCAGCAACAGCAGGCAUCACAGCAACAACAGCAACAAAAUGUUAUGAUGGAACAGAUGGUAGCCAACCAAAUGCAGGGUAACAAGCAAGCAUUCGGGCCCAAAGGCCAACCAGGAGUGAUGCAGGGUCCGAUGAUGCGAGGUCCAUCGCCUAAUCUGCCAGGCAACAUGGUUCAAUUCCAGUCUCAGCAGCAGAUGACGCCGCAGCAACAGCAGCAAAUUGCUCAAUUGCAGCAACAGCAGCAGUUGCAGCAGCAACAACAACAGCAGCUGCAGCAGCAGCAGCAACAACAACAGCAGCAGCUUCAGUUGCAGCAUCAGCAGCCACAGCAACAGCAAUUACAACAGCAACAGUUACAGCAGCAGCAUCAGCAACAAAUGGCGCAACAGUCCCAACAGAUCCCAAUAAACGGUAACCCCAACCAAGCUUUAGGCAUGCAUGGGCCUCAGAUGCGGCUUCCAGGUCAUCAUCUAGUGCAACAGCAGCUUCAGCAGCAACAGCUUCAGCAGAAACAACAGCAGCAGCAACAGCAUCAACAGCAGCAACAUGUGAUGCAGCAGUUGCAGCAACAACAGCAGCAGCAACAGCAACAACAGCAGGCUGGCCAGCCACACCCACAUCAGCUAGGAGAUGGCAGCGGGAGCACAGGUGACCUCAGCCAACAGCAGAUGCUUCCGGACAUGCAGCAGCAAGGUAUGAUGGGAGGACCUCAGCACAUGCAGGUGGGCAACGGCCACUUCCCCGGUCACGGUAUGCCCUUCAAUCCUCAGUUUAGUGGCCAGAUGCAGAUGGGUGGACCCUGUGGGCAAGCUGGUGGUUUCCCGGUGAACAAAGACGUAACUCUGACUAGCCCGCUGUUAGUUAACCUCCUGCAGAGCGAUAUUUCUGCCGGACAGUUUGGGCCAGGCGGGAAACAGGGAGCAGGUGGGGUCGGUGCUAACCAGGCGAAACCGAAAAAGAAGAAACCACCUCGUAAGAAGAAGCCUAAAGCAGGGGAAGGACCGCAGUCUGCUGAUGGAAUGGGUGGCCUGGAUUCAGUAUCGCAAGGAAUGGAUGACGUAGACUUGCCAGGACUAGGAAGUGAGCAAGGAGUCGGCAUGGAUUCUUCCACUCCUUCAAAACUCCCUGAAUUCACCAGCCGCCCAGGUUUCUCAGGGCAGUCAGGAGAUCAAAGGGUAUUGCAGCAAAUGCCAAUUCAGUUCAUGGCACAACAGCAGCAGCAGAUGCAGCAAAUGCAGCAGCAACAACUGCAGCAACAACAGCAGUUACAGCAGCAGCAAAUGCAGCAGCAACAACAAAUGCAACAGCAGCAACAAAUGCAACAACAACAGAUGCAUAUGCAGGGGAUGCAGAUUCCUGUAAGUCAACCUGGAACACCACAAAGUUCACAAGGUCAACAUCAGGUUCAUCCUCAUCAGUUGCAGCUCCAACAACAGCAGCCACCUCAGCACCUGCAGCAGCAGCAACAACCCCCAACAUCACAACAACAGCAGCAGCAGCACAUGAUGAUGAUGCUCAAAAUGCAGCAUGAACAAGCAAAGAACCGACUUCCCCUCCAACAAGGUGGCCACCCCCAAAGAAGUCUCGUCAAUCCUAACGACCCUGCUCAGAGAUUGCCUGUGUCGCAACAAGGCAACAUGCCAGUAAUGAUUCACCUUCAAGGACAUGGAGGUGUUCCUCCCUCUCCAGAUAAAGCCAGAGGGAUGCCUAUCGUGAACCCCCAGUUGGGUGGUCCAGCAAGAAGGAUGCCCCAUCCAGAUGUUGGACAAGUGAACCCAGGAAUGCCACAAGAUGAUACACCAGGAGCUCCUAAUUUGCAAGACAGAGCAUCAAUGGAAAUGGCAUCUCAAGCAGGAAAUGGCGGCCCUCAAAAUAUUGGCAACCAAGGUCCCAAUGCACACUUGUUGAAGUCUGUGCCUUCAUCUUUACCUCAGCAACCAGGAGCAAGUCCACAACAGCAGCCUCCACAAGUAACGUCAAUGGCUAGCUCACAUAAUCUUCACUUUCCCAGUGCUCCUUCAAGUUCCCAGAGUUCCCGCCCCAAGACACCAAACCGUGCCAGUCCCAGACCAUAUCACCAUCCACUAACUCCAACCAACCGUCCUCCCAGCACUGAGCCUUCAGAGAUCAAUCUCUCUCCUGAGAGGUUGAACGCGUCAAUUGCUGGUCUUUUUCCCCCUAAGAUUAACAUCCCUCUGCCACCCAGGCAGCUUAAUCAGAACCGAGGUUUUGAUCAGCAAGGUCUGAACCCAACAACCCUAAAAGCUAUUGGACAAGCGCCACCAGGAUUAACAUCACUUACUAACAACAAUAAUUCUAGCGGGAAUAACAAUGUUCAGCAGGUUUUUACUUCAGGUAACAUGCCAGGUACGGGUGGAAAGCAAGAUAAACAGCCUGGUGCGGUACAGGCAAAACGGGCCAGUCCCAGUAAUAGUCGUCGAUCUAGCCCUGCCUCAAAUAGGAAAGCUGCCACUCCAAGUCCAGGGAGGCAAAAGGGCACCAAGAACUCUCUGACCUCUCCUCCACAUCAGCAACAAAUGGCAAGUUUCCAAGCUGUAAUGUCCAGUUCUUCUGUUCUCUCAAGUCCCACAGCAUCGAUGCCCCCUGGAGUGGCAAUCGAUUCCCAACAGAGUCUGAAUCCUCUACAAACUCUCCCUACAAACGCUGAAAUAAUGAGGGAAGGCCAGGUACAGGUACCACCACAACAAACAGAGCAGCGUCAAAUAGUCCAAGCUCCAAGAGAUCCAUUUGCCCACAGAAUGGCAAGCCCACGGAUGCCGUCUCAGGAGCCGCCAAAAAGUCAAGAGAACAGCAAUGCACUUGAGCAACAACCUGAGGAGAUGCAUCAGCCUCAGAAUACUGCACAACAGGAGCAUGGCACUGUGGUGUCACCUGCUUUCAGAGAUGCCCCAACCUCCCUCAAUCAAUUGUUGGACAAUGCAAACCUACCAUCCUUGCCUCCUUCCAUGAAACCACCCAGGGUUUCUCCCCAAGCAAGUGGAGAGCUAGUUCAGAAGGAGAGCCCUCGACCUCCAUCAGUAGAUCAAGAAAGUCAGCGUAACCCUAGUACCCCACAAAGCACUGAUGGAGGGCCGCAUCCAUUGCCAGGGAACGAGCCUGAGCAGAAACCCAGGGUUGGGUCAAUGCCAAGCCCAAAUUUGGUGGCAAGCAGCAGCAGUAGUACAAACCUUCCAUCGUCUUGUGCUGUAUCAAGUAUCAGUCCAAGUCCAGCGUUGCUUUCUAGCACCACUACUUCAACUGCUGGCUUGCAUAUUAGUUCUUCUUCGAGUUCAAACCCAAACACUAAACCUAUUGUAAGUAUGCCACAAACAGUCUUGCAGAGGCCCACCUCAUCAGGACCUACUCAGCCGAGUCAAAUAACGGUUUUCGUGACGUCAAAUGCCAUUAGUUCUGCUGCUAGUACUGUGUCUGCUGUACCGCCUGGCAUUGUCUCCACUGUCCUUGCAGUCCCCAGUAAGAACAUAAGACCCCCGGAGGUGCGUCAGCCAGUUUCUGCUCAAAACCGCCCCCCACAAUUUAUCACAACACCUGUGUUCAUCAACCCUAUAUUCCAAGUCCCUGCUUCUUCAGUACCCUCAAGCACUAAUGUGGUGUCUCAACCUGUCAUGGUUGGACCCAUACAGAUGUCCGCAAAUAUUCAACUUGCUCAUGCUCCCAUUUCAGCUUCGGCAUCAGUGCCCGCAUCUGUUUCAAUGGCAACACAUUCUCCUGCUGUAAGCAUAGCCACUAGUCAGCCAGGCCGUACCAUGAUUGGCCAGAUUCAGGUGCAAGUGCCAGCAAGUCAGGCUUCCCCUGUAAGUACGGUACUCCCACCUCCCCAGCAAAGUCCGGGAGCUUCAAAGCAAGAGAGCAGUAAUUCCGAUGUGUCAAAAUCAAGCCCUGUUGGACAACAAUCUCUCCCGCCUUCUUCAUCCCCAUGUACAUCCCCACCUUUCCAACAGCCCCUGACUUCUCCAGCUGCCUGCUCUAGCCCAGGCGUUACAUCUGCAGUUGCCCGUAGGAGUCCCCUCUCACCAGCAACUGCGGUUAAGAGUCCGCUUCAGCCAGUCUUGAACAAACCGGAAAACCACCAGAUGCAACAGCAGAGUAUAGGCCAGGCAGGUAAAACUAUAGAUGUGACGCCACCUCAAGCAGUGACUCCUCGUGUGGUUACAAGUGAAGCUCCUCCCUGCCCCCAGCCCUCUUCCAUACCCGUCUCAUCUGCACCAGUAGCGCAUCAGCCAUUAGCAGCACCACUACCCCCGGUUUCCACCUCUGCACCCACCCAAGUUCCUAUACCUACACCUGUUCCUAUACCAGUGUCCUUAUCAUCUAGUCCUGCAGCUAACCCUUCCAUUGUUACCCCCAGUCCUACUGUAGUAGCUCAAGCCAGUCCUGUUACCACUUCCCCACCCUCCACUAGCAUGCCUGCGCCAUCGCUUCCUCCCCCUGCUUCUGUGCCUGUAGUGGCAUCUUCACCACUACCACCUGUGGAACAACAGCCGAGUGCAGUAACGGAGACCAGCUUGCCUGGGCCAACGCAAACUGUGGAACCUGCUGCAGAAGCUCCAAGUCUUCCAGAACAGCCAGCUGCCCCACAGGAAGAACAGCGUUCAGGUGACCCACCUGGAGAGGCAGCUCCCUCUGUGGCAGAGCAGGGAUGGGCAAAGAAAAGAAAGACGCCCGUCGACUUAGUGCCAAGGGAUACGAGGGCCAGCGCCGAGAAGGCGAAAGGCCCCAGCCGGCGGAGCUCGCGGGCGGAGAAGGACCCCGAGGAGGAGAUGGCUGAUAACGGUCAGAGAAAGAGGGCGGUCAGACCCGGGUCAGCGUCGUCCAACGCAGGGAAAGCUGCAGAAUCGAACACUGGAGCCAGUCCCACGCAGGCCAAGCGAAGGAAGUCGAAGUGAUGAAGCUGAACACACGGCUGUGAAUUAAUUGUACAUUAUUAGCUUUUCUUAAAUGAACGGUUUUAUCUGCUGUUCCCCUGUUAAUCAUGUGUGUGUGAUAACCGUGUACAGAUUCCUGUUUUUAAAAAGAAAUUAAUGAUGUUUUUGUCCCCUGCUACUAAAGUGAUAUCCUAUUUAGAGCUGUGUGUAUGAUGUGUGUGAUGUGUGUAUGAUGUGUGUCAUGUUUUUAUUCUAUGCUGGAUUAAUCAUGAAGCCUGAUGAUAAUAGAAUGAUCAUGUUGAUUGUAUAAUAAGGUUGCAGAAUCGGAUUAAAUUUUCUACUCCUCUGGUGUCUGUACACGCAGCAGUAACUCAGUGCACACUUCUCCUUUCCCCUCUGCCACUCGAGUAAAUUUACUUUCAGUGUGAUCCACCCUGUUCCUCUCCUCUCUUUCUCUUUUUUAUGGGCAGCUAAAUAUUUUUCUGUACGACUCCCUGUGUCCGACAGACAGAAAUCCAGUUAUGAUCCUGAAUUUAAUAAUAAAAGCUUGAUUUCACAAGCAGUCACUUCUUUCACGCCUGAA